UCCAUGUAUUAAUCUGUAGCCAUUUUAUUGUGCAGUCACUUCAGGCGAAAACAGUCCAGCGUAAAACAGUAAAUUUAGUUGUUUUAACUUCAAUCUUUUUACAUUUCGCAGUCAGAAAACAGUAAAGUAUUAUCACAAUGGCCGAUGCACCGAUGUAUACUCCUUUCUUUGGCAUUAUGGGCGCCACAUCUGCCAUGGUUUUUAGCGCUUUGGGCGCAGCCUACGGCACAGCAAAGAGUGGCACAGGAAUUGCUGCUAUGAGUAUCAUGAGACCAGAAUUGAUCAUGAAGUCAGUCGUCCCUGUCGUCAUGGCGGGUAUUGUUGCUAUAUAUGGUGUAGUGGUUGCUGUAGUUAUUGCUAACGGUCUGUCAGAUGAUCCAACAAAGUACUCAUUGUACAGGAGUUUUCUUCAUCUUGGUGCUGGACUUAGCGUUGGAUUGAGUGGUCUAGCGGCUGGUUUUGCUAUUGGUAUAGUUGGAGAUGCAGGAGUAAGAGGAACAGCACAACAACCAAGGCUCUUUGUGGGUAUGAUUCUAAUUCUUAUCUUCGCUGAAGUGCUUGGGCUCUAUGGUCUCAUCGUUGCGUUGAUUCUAUCAACUAAGUAAAGAGAAGUAGCAAUAAAUCUACAUUAUUAAUAUGGGUAAAUACCGUCUCUUGGCAGUGUGAAUAAAUAUUAACAAAACAAACCUAACCACCUACUAGAGAAGAACUGUCUAGAAUAUACCAACAGAAGUUUCAUUUAAUGACGACAGUUUCAUUAAUGCUCUGUCAAUAGACACAAAACUGUCAAUAGACAUUCAUUUUGUAUUGUUACGAUGAGACUGGAUUCUGUAUCCCAUAGACUGGUCACUAAGUGGAUGUUCAUGACUCAACAUGAGCAGGUUGUUACCCUGACAUCUCAUUUUUCUAUAAAUCCACAAUUUAAAACUGCCCACUGUCCUUAUUGAAUUGAAGUGACCUAUCCACUGUCAAUUCUAACAAAAUGUUACAAGAUGUAAUUAAAUACUAAGCAUUAAAGCAUCUUCUGGGCAGAAAAAUUGCAGUAAAAACAGUACUUCAUCUUUUUGUUUUAUUUUAGUUUUACAUACAUUCAAUAUUUGGCAUGAUGUAUGAGAAAUUUGAAUAUGUUAUUAGAAACACAUGGUACAAUGUAGUUGUUUUGGAGAUGGCACAAUGUUGGGUAGCUCAUUGCUGAACAUCUAGCCAUCUCAAUUGCGUUGGAUUAAAAGUAUGUUGAUUGCAUAUAUAAAUAUUGAAUUGUAAAUUGUUAUCAAACCUAAAUUAGCAUGUGUAUUGCAUACGCUCAAAUUAUAAAGUAAAAUGGGGUCAUAUUGGUGACAUGAACAUCAACAAGCAGAAAAAGCCAUCUAUUUCAAUACCAUAAACAUCCAAAAUGCACUCUGUUUUACUUAAAUAUAAAUGUCCAUAAUAUAUAAAGCUACAGCAGAGUUCAUUUUUAUUUCUACAUUUUCCAAUUUGCACAUUCUGCUCGCAAUAAAACAAUUAUUUAAAAAAAUUAAGUUUAAUAUACUGCCAUCUGACAAUUUUGUUGGUGUUUGGUUUUUGUUCACUUCUUAGAACCUCUGUAUCAAAUGAUGUCACAACUCUAAGUCUACUUUUAAAUACAAGUCAUGAAAAGCAUAGUGAAUUUCGAUUAAAAGUUCCACAUCGUUCAAUAUUCACAUGAACUACAUCAGACCUGGUCCAUCAGGAAAUCCAAACUCAGUUUCAAGCUUUCAAGUCCAACUCUAUUUAUCCUGAUUGUUCUGUACACUAGAUAAUUGUGCACUAAUCUUAAUUAUCAUUCUCCCAUUACCAAUGGAUAGUUGGACAAGUAUGUGGCAGUAUAGUUAGUCUUAUCUGGUAACAAUAAUCCCAGUGUUGUGAACUUCGUGACCUAAUUAUAUGGACGACCUAUUAUCACAAAACAUGUAGAACUGGCAUCUAGCCCAAAGAUUAUUGAGUUCAUUGUCAAAAGUUAUAAGUAAUGAGUUUUUGUAUUUGUUUAGAUUGUUAAAGAAAGUCUGAUGCAAAUUAAUAUGGAUUCUUGAUAGAAACUAUGAGUUGAUGAGCAUUUAUAUGAGCAUGUAAUUUCAAUGGUUAGAAUAUUAGACAUAUUGUGAUCGGUGAAUGUAUUAAAAGAGACCCCUAAAACAUUCCUACUCUCUGAUUGGCUUAAUUUCAAAUUGUGUACCGUAUUAAACACUGUUGUCAGACAAUGGUGUAAAGAUAAAGAUUCUUUAUUCCUGGUACAAUUAUGACACCAGUUUGAGUACAUUGAGGGUGUUUAAUCAACAUGGAUAUAUUAUAAUAUCAGUAUUGACACAGAAAAUUAAAGGUUUAUUCUAACUGUCUUUGUUUAGUUUUAAUUUGGGUUUUGUAAGGAAGUAUCUCAAAAUUGGUUUUUAUUCAGAAGGUACGUGUAGGGACAUCAACUCCUGUUAGAUUGCUUAAAGGGAACUUCUUUUAGAAGAAGCGUUAACAGGUUUUGCAAUGGUUGAUUCCUGGUUCCAAUAAAGAUCAACCUAAAGAGAAAGAUGAUACUUGAAAACAGUUUCCAGCAGUGAGUUUUUAAUUUUGAGAUAUUCCCUCACUCGUAUCUCUGCAUACUAAUCAAGCUGUUACAUAUUAAUUAUGGAUGUUAGUCAUAAAUUGUUAUCUGCUACAGCAACUUAAUUACUAUGAUGAUUAAUAUUGAUUACAACUAUGCUGGUUCUAACAAUGAACUGCAUCAUAUCCUGUGGUUAGCCUGAGUGAAUUGAAUAUGAAGUUGUCUAGAAUGGUUGAGUUCUAGAUAUUAGUAAUAUCCCAUGGUUUUGAAGUCAUUGCUGGCAGGUCAUCCUUGUCUAUUUAAACAACAUCAUAGCGUGAGAUGCUAAACAAGCUUUGGUUGAUGAGUUGUGAAACUGGAGAUUAUGACGUUACUAGUUUCACUUUCAGGAGCGAGCUUCAUACAAGACUCAGUAUCUGUGGUAGGAAAGUGAGUUUGUGUUUAACUAAAUCAAACUUGGUCGCUUGAUCCAACAUUUGUCAGUACCAUUGUUACAUUGUAUGCCUUCAUUAAAGAACAAUUUGAUCAUAGGUCAGGCCGAUGUUAUUCAUGUAGCACUAACACUGGUUUAAUCAAUGUAUUGAUUAAUUAUCUUUAAAUAGACACCGAGGUAUACAUUGAACAUGUCUGUUAAAUUGUAAACCAAUUUGACUUGUAUGAAAUGUCACUGAGACCCCUAAAAGGUCACAUUUAGUUUGAAGGAAUGAAGAGGAAAUGUUCACAACUACUUCUAAUGGAAAGUGUGACUUAAGGUUAAAUGCCAAAUGUCCUGUUCUGGUUUUAUGAUGGGUUAAUUAUAAUGGCUGUCUUUGUGACUUCAUUCUGUUUUCAUGUAUGUAUUUAUAUGUCAAAGAAAAAACCCAGCUCUAUUGUUAGAAAUGUAGCGUAUCAUAAGAAUGUUAAACGGCUUCCAUAAUAGAGUUGAUGGUACAGUGUAUUUGUAUGGUGAAUUUGUGUUAUGAACAGAGAUCGUACAGCAUUGUAAGAAGGGCAACAAGCUCUGUAUAUGGUUGAAGUAAGACUUGGGCGCCAUUUUGGUAGCAAAUGUUUUGUUAUUACAUUGAUAGCAACAAUCUUUGCAUCAAAAUAAUUGCUCACUUAAAUGGUGUCCAGUGCAUACAUUCACUGUGGUAUUACACGAUCUUUGAUUAAGAGAAACAUCAGUGGUGUAAAGGUAGUGUUGAUAUGACUUGAUUUCCUGUUGGAAACCUUCACAUCAGGAAACUACAAUAAAGUAUUGUGAUCACUAAUA